AUGUUUGUAACAAAUCAGACAAAAGUGGUGGAGAUUCUGCUUUUGGGUUUUCAAACUCCGAAGAUUUUAAAAUCUAUUCUGUUUGUUCUGUUCCUUGUGAUCUACAUCUUGACGUUAGUCGGGAACCUGCUGAUUAUUAUAUUGGUGGCAAAGUUUCUGAGUCUCCAAUCUCCCAUGUAUUUCUUCCUCACUCAGUUAUCGGUGUGCGAUCUCCUUCUGACCACAAAUAUAUCCCCCAACAUGCUCCAUGUUAUAAUUAAUGGAGGAACCACAAUAUCUUUCAAUGGCUGCAUCACUCAGUUUUACUUUUUUUGUGUUUCAGAAGGUACAGAGUGCUUCCUUCUCACAGUGAUGUCCUACGACCGGUAUUUGGCCAUUUGUCGCCCAUUGCAUUACACGUCCAUCAUGAGUUCUAGGCUGUGUUUCCAACUCAUUGUGUUUUCAUGGCUUUUUGGAUGUAUAAUAACAUUUAGUUUUGCACCCCUGGUUUCUGCUUUAAUGUUCUGUGGUAAUGUCAUUGACCAUUACUUCUGUGAUCUUGCUCCCCUCCUAGAGCUGUCAUGUACAAAGCAUACUGUUGCUGAACUUGUAGACUUUGUUCUAGCUAUACCGGCUGUGUUUGUCCCCUUUUCCUUUACUAUAUUCACUUAUGUUUCCAUAUUUAUCACCAUUCUUGGAAUUUCCUCCAGCACCGGGAGGCAGAAAGCCUUCUCCACCUGCAGCUCUCACAUCAUUGUAGUGUCUGCCUUUUAUGGGACUGAAACAAUUGUGUAUAUAGCUCCAUCUAAAUGGCUUAAUCUAUUUAAUAUCAAAAAGAUAGCAUCUCUUCUCUAUACAGUUCUCUGCCCGUUUGCUAACCCAUUUAUAUACAGUCUUAGGAAUCAAGAGAUCAAACAACAUCUGAAAAAGUUUAUAUCAAAUGCUUUAUAG